GUCGGUCUCAAACGGGUUCGGCCAGCAAAAGUAAAAGUAAUUUGUAGGCGCUUGUGUGUAAUUGUAAGGUAAUGAGUGUAAUUACGAAACUGCUCAAGGCACUGUUUGUGGUCCUAUUGACUGCAUUUUUUGGACCUGAAACUGCGGCGGCCUAUGACCCCAAUGACUCCAAGAUAGCCGAAUGCUGCUUGCCGCCGGAGGGGAUGUUCGAGGCCUUUUACCCUCGGGAAGUAGAGGGUAUCCCCAAUAGCGCCUCGCGUCCCGCCCAUGGUCACGGUAGCUUUUUCAAGCACCGCAAUCCAGCACUAGUGGACACUAAAAAUGCAGCGGCGUAUGGCUAUCGUUUCGACGGCAAGAGGCGUUUCAAUUUUGAUUAGUCUUGCACAUUAAUUCUGUGUGCUUCACAAAUAAAAUCCAUUUUGAAACCAUAAA